GGGGGCGUGGGGGGCUGUGGUUGGGGUCUGAGGGUGGGUGCUGCUCCGCCCCCGGCUCCGCGGUGACUCGCUGGUCUCGCCCCAGGUCGGGGCCUCCGAGGAGACGCGACCCCGGGACACUGCGGGAGCAGACCCCCGCCCCGCCCCGCCCCGCCCCGCCCGCGGCGCGCACCGUGCGGAGCGAUGGAAACGCCCCCCCGCCAGCAGCCCCCGCCCCCCCGGCGCCCAGGUGCUGGGACCCUGCCGAGAGCUGAGCAGCAGCCUGCUGAGGAGGGGCCGGUGAUCCUGGAGCUGCAGAGGACGUGCACAGGGAGCCUGGAGGAGAGGAGCUCCCUGACCCCUGAGCCAGGCCAAGUGCAGAAGGGGCAGGGCAGACCUCCAAAUCAGGAGGAGAGCUCGGAGCUCCAGGAGGUGUUUGAGGACGUGGCUGUGUAUUUCACACGGAAGGAGUGGGAGCUGCUGGAUGAUGAAGACAAGGUGCUUUACCGGGACCAGAUGCUGAAGAAUUACCAAGCCCUCGUUUCCCUGGGAUAUCAAGGUUCCACACCUGACUUAAUCAGCAGCAUCCAGCGAGGACAGAUGGAGCUCUGGGCCUGUGAUGAUGAGGACCGUGGGGAAAUCUCAAGAUGGGAGGACCUGCUGCCAGGCGGUGUCAGGCUGCUGAGCAGAGCUCAGGAGCUGCCUCCUGGGGAAGGGUCUGCAGACGUGGAGCCACCAUGGACUUCUCCAGGGAGUGUGGGUGAGAUGGACUCCGUGAAACCCGAGAAGGAGCCAUGGCACAAGAGUCAGGGGAGGCCACAAAAGCAGAAGGAGAAUGUAGCGAUGAGCCAGAACCAGCCCAUCCCCCUAGGGAGGAAGACACACCGCUGCACUGAGUGCAGGAAGAACUUCAUCUGCUUGCAAGACCUGUCCCAGCAUGAGUGUGUGCGGCACUCCUGCACCAAGUGUCGGAAGACAUUCAGGCAGCUCUCUGACCUGACAAGACACUGGUGCAUGCACACAAGGGAGAAGCCACAUCAGUGCUCAGAGUGUGGGAAGAGCUUCGCUCACUCCUCCAGCCUGGCUAGGCACCAGCGUAUCCACACAGGGGAGAGGCCACAUCAGUGCUCGGAGUGUGGGAAGAGCUUCACUCUCUCCUGCAACCUGGCUCAGCACCAGCGUAUCCAUACAGGGGAGAAGCCAUAUCAGUGCUCAGAGUGCGGGAAGAGCUUCACUCAGUCCUCCAGCCUGGCUCUGCACCAGCGUAUCCACACAGGGGAUAAGCGACAUCAGUGCUCAGAGUGCGGGAAGAGCUUCACUCACUCGUCCAACCUGGCUAGGCACCAGCGUAUCCACACAGGGGAGAAGCCAUAUCAGUGCUCAGAGUGUGGGAAGAGCUUCACUCACUCCUGCAGCCUGGCUCACCACCAACGUAUCCACAGAGGGGAGAAGCCACAUCACUGCUCAGAGUGCGGGAAGAGCUUCACUCUCUCCUCUACCCUGGCCAGGCACCAGCGUAUCCACAGAGGAGAGAAGCCAUAUCAAUGUUCAGAGUGCGGGAAGAGCUUCACUCAGUUCUCCAACUUGACUCAGCACCAGCGUAUCCACACUGGAGAGAAGCCACAUCAGUGCUUAGAGUGUGGGAGGAGCUUCACUCAGUUCUCCAACCUGGCCCAGCACCAGCGGAUCCACAGCGGGGAGAAGCCACAUCAGUGCUCAGAGUGUGGAAAGAGAUUCACUCAGUUCUCCAACCUGGCCCAGCACCAGCGGAUCCACAGCGGGGAGAAGCCACAUCAGUGCUCAGAGUGUGGGAAGUGCUUUACUCAGUCCUCUAACCUGGCUCACCACCAGCGUAUCCACACAGGGGAGAAGCCACAUCAGUGCUCAGAGUGUGGGAAGAGCUUCACUCAGUCCUCCAACCUGGCUCAUCACCAGCGUAUCCACACAGGGGAGAAGCCACAUCAUUGCUCAGAGUGUGGGAAGAGCUUUGAGAACUCCUGCAGCCUGGCUGAGCACCAGCUUAUCCACACAGCAGAGAAGCCCUAUCAGUGCUCGGAGUGUGGGAAGAGCUUCACCCUAUCUUUUGACCUGGUCCGGGACCAGCUCAUGCACACAGAGUAAAAGCACAUCAGUUCUCUGAGUGCAGGAAGUGCUUCCUCCACUCCUCCAAACUGGCCCAGCAUCAGUGCAUCCCUAUCUGGGAGUAUCCAUAAUUCUGCCAGCAAUACAGGAAGGGUUUGGGGAUGUAUACUGGCUCAGCACCUACCAGUGUCUGCAUCCAGGGAAGCAGUCUCAUGCCGGGGGACUGCAGCAACAGUUCACCCUUUGUUCAGCCUUUCUAGGACACUGCAAAACCCAAAGAACACAGAGGCCAGCCUUCCAGGUUUGACAUGGGUAAAGGGUUUAAAGGAAACACCUUGGGUAGAGGCCAGGGGGAGCCUGUGAGCUGAUCCUUGCUUCAGCCUUGGAGCCUGUACCACCCCACCAUUCUCUAAAAGCAGCCAGUUUUCCCGGGGGGAGAAGAAGCAACUUCACAAUAGGUGCCCUUCCCAAGACAGCUGGCUCCAAAUGACAUCCACGGACUGUCUUUGGCCGACUACCAGGUUUGACUUCUGAUGGCCCCAGGGUUCUUGUACAUGAGGCUGUAGAGCUGCAGAAAGGAGGACAUUUAUUGCUGGGGACGCAUUCCCUGCCUUCUACCCUGACCAUGCCUUUCCUCCCCACCGCAUCACCUCUCUCCCAAGCCUGCACAUGGCCAUUGUAGUUCUGCAAGAAACUGCUACUGCCACCCCAUGAGCCCAGUUUGGCAGGUUUUGCUUCUCACCCCUGUCAGAACUUGGCACCACCAGGUGCAAACUGCCCUUCCCCACUUCCCGCCAUCCUGCUCUCCAUGCCAUUCUCUGUAGCAGCUUCCUUGGUAAUCAAGCCCAACAACUUAAUGUGAUACCCCUGUGGUUGGUCUGUCAUCUCGGGGUGUGAAUUGGGAUAAUAGAGGUAAAGGAGGUGCAGGCUGUGUCAUGUCCUGCCUCUUCUGUGAAAGGGUGGGGAAAGAAUGAAGGCAUCCUCUGGGUGAAAUGCAGCAUGUUGUAAUUGCCCUGUGGGAGCGUGUCUGCCUUCUGUCCCGUCCUCUCGCAGGACUCGCCUGCCAUGUCUAAGAAGAUGGAAAAAUAAGAGGAUGUUAUUGCCUGUGGGGAUAGAUAAAAUGUAGCAGACCACCCAGGUUGGCUAUUUCCAAUAGUGCAGCUCUUUAUUUAACUUAGUAACAAAAGUAUCUUUCUGCUAAUUACUUCAUUAACAGGAGGCGGGGGACUUGCUGCUUUAGUCAAUUACAGUUUCUCUGAGGCACUCGCUGGGCGACAGGCUUGCCUCGGGCAUUGAUCUCAGGUCCUCCACUGAUCUGAGCCUGCCUGGGGACUGUUUGUCACUCUGGCCAUGCCAGAGACCUCUGCAGCCACGGUCCUUGGUGCCUCCUCUUUGGAGUCUGCACCGUGGCUCGACGGACCCUGCACCCCAGUAGGGAUGCAGCCACUUCAGCCGUUUAUGGUUAAUCUCAGUAGAAGACUGUCAACGAUCUUCACUCCCAACCACUCUGGGUUCCUGCCAGCUGCAUCUUGUCCCCACAGGUAAGGGUUCCCCCACCCUUCUUGUCUCGCCAGAGAAGGAUGGUCUACAGCGUCCUAACGAUCCUGGGAUGAUCCGUCGGUGAUCAGUUUCUCCCACCGCUUUCUUCCAGUGCCCAGAGGGCAAUGUUUGCUGCUGUGUGCUGCCUUUUAUGUCUGGUGGUGGUAAUUAAGCCCUUAACCACUCCUGGUGUGUGUAUCCCUCCACUUGUGACCUACUUACACCUCUAGUUUCACCCAGAGUAAUGGGUUUGGCUAAAGCCCCCUGUUACACACCUUCCCUUUUGUGUCCCCCACAAAAACUGAGAUCCACCGAGUCUUCAUUGUUCUCGUCCCAAGCCAGUGAGCUUGUCAUUUUGGUAUCCAUGUCAGUCGUAAUUUCUGGGCGUGACAGUCCACAUUCCUGCUCUUUUUUCCUGCCCGAUGUUUCACUGAAAAAUAAAAAGAUUGUAAAGCAAGA